CAAGCCACUGGAGAGUCGACUUCCUCCCGCGGUCAGGUUUCGAUCAAAACAAAUCUGGGAAACUACACGGAACGCCAUUUAUCGGGGUUUUCGCCGAUGAAGAGCGGGGAAUAAUCUAUUUUCCAUCCAGAUCUUUAUAUUUUUAUUUAUUUUGUGAUAUCGGCGCGGAUAGUAGCCUACUCCAUUCGGCGGUGAUGGACAUAAUGAUUGCAGUGCAGGAUGCGUGCGUCUCCGGUCAGUGGCUCACCGCUAUAAUUCUUAGUCUUUGCUGCUUUUUACCAUCGUGCUUGCCCGCUGGACAAACUGUGGACUAUGCGUCCAGCGAGAGUGUGGUCAGCAGACAGGGAGACACCGCGCUGCUCAGAUGCUACCUAUUGGAUGGAAUCUCUAAAGGAGCGUGGUUGAACCGCUCCAGUAUCAUUUACGCAGGGAAUGACAAGUGGUCAGGGGACCCUCGGGUGUCCAUCGUAUCAAAUGUGGGGGACAAACAUGAAUACAGUUUACAGAUACAGAAAGUGGAUGUAACAGACGAGGGCUUGUACACUUGCUCGAUACAGAGCGAACGUAAUCCACGCCCAAAGCUUAUUCAGUUAAUUGUAAAAGUUCCUCCCAAAAUCUAUGACAUUUCAUCAGACAUUACGGUAAACGAAGGCAGCAAUGUUUCACUCAUCUGCACAGCCAGUGGAAAACCAGAGCCCAAAAUCUCUUGGAGACACAUCACCCCAUCAGCCAGGAAGUAUGAAAGUGGAGAGUAUUUAAAUAUCACAGGCAUCACUCGAGAUCAGGCAGGGGACUAUGAAUGUGGCGCAGAAAACGACAUUGCCUCGCCCGACACCAAGACCGUGAGAGUCACAGUCAACUAUCCUCCAGCAAUCCAUGAGAUGAAAAGUCACGGGGUUCGACCCGGUCAGAUGGCUCUGCUGAGAUGUGAGGCAGCAGCUGUCCCCUCUCCCAUCUUCGAGUGGUACAAGGGAGAGAAAAGGAUUAACAUGGGUCAAGGUAUAGAUAUCAAGAAUCUCAGCUCCAGAUCAAUUCUCACAGUGAAAAACAUGACACAGGAUCGCUAUGGCAACUACACCUGUGUGGCUGUCAACAGGUUGGGAACAGCCAACGCCAGUGUGCCUCUGAUUUCACCCAACACCGCUCCGUAUGGAAGUACAGGAGGCGGCGAAGUCCUGCUGGCCUGCCGGUACCUGAUCCUGGCUCUCUCUUCUCUCGUCAGCGUUUACUAGCCCCGGAGAUGGCCAUACACAAUGACUGUAAAGAACCCUUUUGAGCAUUUACAGAAUCUUUCACAUCGCUGAUGGCUGGAUCCAAUCUGGUACAGUUUGUUUGGAAAGCAACGAGGGAUUUUAAUCAGCAUUACUUAUGUUGGGAUGGUAAUUUUGUUUUGUGGUCUUUGUAAAUACAUUCGGUUUUAGGGGAUUGUUUUGGUUUUGUGUUUCUAUUCUUUUCUUUCUUUUUUUUUUAUAAUUUCCCACUUUGUGAAUUAGAACACAUUGUCCCCCUUUGAAUGCUCCCAAAUGAGCUGAAAUCAUGCUUUGAAAAAGUGAGGGUGUGUGACAUAAAUUAUAUUGAAAAUGGAAAUGCACCCUAGUGUGCCACCUUUUUUUCUCUGUGCUGGUGCAUCAUUUACAUACCCAUAAACCGGGGAAAGUAUUUAAAUCAUCAAAGGUUUUGGUGAGCUAAUUUAAAUCCCAUGAGCCAAAAACACUGUCUAAGAUUUAAAAAAUGUAAACAUAUUAAAUCAAGUCAAAUUUAUAUAGUUUAUGGCAAAGGGAAAAAUUAUAGAGUAGUUUUAGUAUAAUAUACCAAUGAAAAUAAUCAUUGUGUGGACCAAAAUUUAAGCCAUACCUCAAUGGUUUUGACCUCUGUGCUGUUCACCCUAUUGAAUUUACUGCAAUAUACAAAGUAAGUUCAUAACCCAUUCUAGUUAUUCUAGAAAUACAAGUUUUAGUUAUGUUUGCCUCUCCUCAAAAGUUAUUUUACUGGGGAGAAAUCCUCGAUUGCAUUCAAGAUUCAAAUAUAAAGGAGUAUAAGAGUAUGUGAUCAAUUUUCUUUUAAAUAAGUUUGAGUUUUGGCCUUUUUAAAGCUAAUCAUAAAAUAAAAAUGAGACCCAUGCAAUAGUCAAAACCAGCAUGGUUAUUAAAGAUUAUUAAAAAACAAAGCUGUGUCACAGAGCUCUGUCGUUCUAUAUUCUUUAUAAAAAAAAAGAAUAUAGAAAUAUUCAAUGAAUAUUGCAUUGAUGUUAUAUUAAUCAAGACAUCAAUGAACAAUAGCACAUCAAAUACAUUCUGCAUUUGGCAGCAUGCAAGUAUUAUAAUGAGCCAAUCCAAAGUGGAGGAAAAGAUACAGAGAAUGGGUCACAAUCAAUGUGCACUUUGAUUAAAUGAAGAAAUUAUGGACAGUGUCUAAUGAAACAUAUCUGACGAUCGUUUUUGGCUUUUUUAUUUUUUUAAAGAUUAUGUUCUGUUACAUGGUUGUAAUGAUUUUUUUAUAAUGUAUUAACAUAUUACCUGCUUUGCUUUUAUCAGUGUGAAAUAGUUUCGAACAGGGAAGCAGAAAAAAAGAAUAUGCACUUCCCUCGUGGGGACAAUAUGAAACUUUCAAGUGUGGAUCCAAACAUGUGAAUGAAUAUUCUUUCAAAAUAAGUAUGCAGUAUGGCAUAGUUUACAAUGUUGUCUUUCAUUUUAGAUGCUACAAGUGUUGUUGAUUCUUGUCAGACAAGUAGAAGUUGGAAAAAAGAACUGUUUGUUAUCAAAUAAUCUACUUUAUCUCAGAGGGUGUGAACCAGCCAUAUGGUAUAAUAGAAAACGAGUCAUGUGUAUGUAUAGACCAUUUCAAGAACUGUUCGUUGGUGACGUCACUGUUCCGUGAACAUUUCCUGCUUGUCAAACCAGAGACCAUUUAGCAGAGACGGGCCACUUCUAUUACAAUGAAGGGAAGAAAUUGGAACCCAGUGGUCAACAAAAAAAAAUACAGCUUCAUCACCGCUGCCUUUAAACACCGAGCGCGCCUCUCCUCGGGAAACCGGUCUCUACCUGCUUGCGUCUUCGUAGGUCCAGAACUUAGCUGUGAGUGUCCAGUGCGAGUUAGAUAUGUCGCCGAACCCGCACCCACACUCGAGUGAAGCCAGCCCCACAUAAGCCUCGGACCAAUAAAAUUGUACUGCUUAUUUGAAAUAUGUUCUUUUAUCAUAAUCUUGACCAACCGUUUUAGAGAUUUCGGUCUUUGCCCAUUCAAAUAGAUAGGAGCACUGUCAUGACACUUGUUUACAUUGAAAAAUAACUGCCUAAGAGCGCUCCAAAAAUGGCCGCCGAGUGGACUGACUUACCUUGAAAAAGAGACUUUGUUGAAAGGAGCCGGAAAUACGUUUGGACCAUUCUAAUUCAUUUGUUUUUGUUUACAUUCUUGAAAUGGUCUAUAUUCGAAGAAAGUAGAAUCCAUUUUAUCUUCUUGGUAGAGCCAGUGUUUAGGUUUAGUUUAACCUCUACCCUAGUUCCCACACACUUGUUGUAUACUACGAUGUGCAGAAAUUAUAAAUGUGCUGCAUGUCAAAUAAUAUGUAUGUUAAGGUGGCCACUUACCAUAAAUCAAUAAUUUGAGAACAAAACCAGGCUGCUUUGACUUGAAAUGUGUUCCACACUACUGAACAUCACAAGAGUUGUGAGCUAUGAUGAAAUAUUCUUUUAAUGUGAAAGUCAUCACAGAAUCGUUUCUGCUAAGUGUGCAAUAUUGGGCAUACUCCUCCAUGCUCAGGCUUUUAUUUGUGCUAAAAUUGGACAAUUUUGUUUAUCCAUGAUACGUUUACAUUCUUUUUGUAUAUUAUUUCUUGCACUUUUUACAUAACUGUCAAUACCAGGGAAAAAUACAUAAUGAAUGACAGGAAAAGCAUCUUAAGUCAUCACAAACCAAUUUCCUUGUAUUGCACUGUAAAUCAUGUGCACUUAGGCCUACAGAAGUUAUACUACGAGAUUACAUACUUAAAAAAAAAAGAAACACAGUAUCAUAUAGAUUUUACCUAAACAUUUGGGUCCCUGUGCUUAUUGCAAACUUGAAAUCAAACAAAGGGAGGUUAAAAUAUGAAUUUAUUUAUGAUCAUACCAUGGCCUGGCUCUCAUUAUACUGUAAAAAAGUACCAUUGCGCUUGCUUAUCUUUACCACUAACCUCCAUAACCGUGAUUUACACCAAUAGCUUUGAAUGGAAAAAUACGCUGCGUUUCAUUUCAACGUGAAAUAUCAUUUAAGUCCACUUUAGAAGUAAGUACUGUAUAAAAUGUGCCUUUAAAAGUAUUUAAUUGAUCUGAUCUGUUGCCAUUUCAUGUUGAAUGCCAUGUCCAAGCGUCAUGCAUUUGCCAUUCAUACUGCCCUACAAAUCAAAAAGGCAGUAACUACGCAGAGUGCAGAAUGGAUGUUACUGUACUCAUGCUUUGUUUCACUAGGGCUUUUUGCAGUUACUGUACAAACGACUACCAUUUUUCUCCAAAACAACACACAUUUGAGAUAAGAUGUUUCGUCACAUAACAAAGGAUGCCUUGAAUGUCAUGAAAAUAAUAAUAACUCAUUUUUGACCAAAAAUGCAGUUACUGCCUUUUUGUUUUGUAAGGCAGCAUAGUAUAUCAGAUUAAUAUCAGUGUUUGCUGUUUUAAGUUCUAUAAAGACAUAAAAGUAGCACAUGCUCUUUUAAUAAAUAUUAAUGUUAAUGAAAUAUCAACAAAGAGCUCAUUAAAACUGCAUAAGUGGAUAUCAAGAUAAACAGGGUGAAAAAUCAGUCAGAAGGCAUUCAUGCAUGCAUAAUUAUCUGAAAAGUUACAGCCUUUCAAAAGAGUCUGUAAAUAACAGGCAAAUGUGUGGUAAAUUUUCACUCUAAUGACUUGAUAAUUACAUUCCUGGACAUGCAUUAAUAUUCAAUGACAAUAUUCAAAAUAGCUUACGUUAGCUGAGCACUCGUGUUGCACGUGUAACUGAAGUUCACAAGGCUUACAUGGAUGUGGCAUGGUAUAACAUGAUGAGUUGAUGCUAUUUUGGAAAGAGUUCAAAUUACUGGAAACAAUAUAGUAUGUUCUGACCUGAGGAGUCCCCUUUGGUUUCUUCUCAACACCUUGCCCAAAGUCCUGUAAAAAUUGCUAUGAUUCAGCUUUGACAAAUAAGGUGUGAGAACACAUUUUGGAAAAAACAGAGUACUUGUUGACCGAUAAUUGUUAUUAAUUCAUGCAAAAAUGAAAAUGUAUGACUUCUAAAGAACACAAAAUGAAAUAGUUUAAUGAAUGUCCUGUUGGCUGGAUUGAAUAUAAUGGCAGUACAUAGUAACACUGUAACACUUAAAGGAAUAAUACAGGUUCAAUACAAGUUAAGCUCAAUCGACAGCAUUUGUGGCAUAAUGUUGACUACAACAAAAAUUUAUUUCGACUCAUCCCAUCUUUUCUUUAAAGUCACCAUGAAACGGAAGUUAUGACUGACUUUAUUACUGUAUUGUGACGUAUUUCAGAGUGAAACGGCUUUUCGAACGAGAGAAGAAAAUGUAGGGCAGGGACUUUGUUUACAUUAGGACAAGGCUUGAGCCGUUUUGCAAUAUACAGAUGAAUGUUAAAAAAGUGAGUAGAAGCUAAUUUGUCCUCAUUUUGGAUCACAAUACAUUAAGCAUACAGAAUAAAGAACACUUACUCAAGCGGUAUAUUCUCCGUCUGCAGAAAAAUAGAAAUAAACUCCAGCUGGUUUUCAUUCGUCCAGCUUUGGCGUCAGCGUGUCUCAUUUAAAAGUCAUCAUUCAUAUGCCCUAUUCCGUACGAAGACAAUUGCCCUCAACUGUGAGAACUUCAGAAGGCGGAACGGUGAUAACGGUAAGUCAAAACUCAUUUUUAAGCGAUUCUUAUCAUAAAAUCUGUUUGGAAUUUACCCAACGACAUGGAUUGUGCUCCUUUCGAAGUACCCUGCAAAGGUAUGAUCAGCGGCAGUUACAACACAGCCAGAUACGCUAGGGUAGGGAGUGCUGUAGUCCUAGAAAGCAUUUGAUUGGACAAAGUUUCUCAUGCCAUCUGUGUCGUCAUGACUGCAUUGGUCUGUCAAGCCAGAAGAGAGAGACUGCUGAUUUUAAAUGCUUAUAUCUUCUGAAAAUGAAUUUUGUCAGCUUUUGGAAGUACACUAUCAUAUUGAUGACCUUAAAGGGAAUAAAUAUAGACUAAAACCAGCAAAACUUUAUUAUAAAAUGUCAUGGUGACUUUAAAAAAGGCAAAAAUUUAGGUUACAGUGAUGAAUUUACGAUUCAUGAAUGGGGCAGCUUUUUUAAGUGUUUAAAGGUAGAAAUAUGUUAAGCUUUUAAUAUUAUAAAAGUACUUGCAUAAAUGUUUAUAUUAUAUCAGCAGUAAAGUUGUUUAAAUUGUCAUUUUUGCGGGAUUACAGGGUUUACAGCAUUACGUCGUCAUGGCAACGAAGUUGUAAAAUUGGAUAUAUAUCUUAUAGGAUAUCACACAUAAGGUUAGGAAGCUGUUUUAUCACACUUAAAUCAUGUUAACACAUAUAUUGUUUACAUCUUGUGGUUAUUCUUUUAAAAUUGUAAGUUUAAGUAUUUUAACGUUUAUGGAUUGGCUCCAUUUACCUCUACUGUAAGCGCCUCACUGUAACCCAGAUUAAAUAAUCAAAAUAAGUUUUGUGGUAAUCGGCAUUAUGCCACAAAUGCUGUCGACUGAGCUUAAAUUGUGUUGAACCCAGAAUAUGUAUUUAAUAAAACACCCAAACGUAUCAUAAUAGUAAUUUGUACAUCAUAUACCAAGCCUUAUUAAGCCAUUCAAUCACUUUUUUUGACGAACAGCCCAUAACUGAAUUAGUUUCUCUAAUUCAAAUAAUUCAUAAUUCAAAAUCAAAUAAUUAUAAAUUUAAAAAACGUUGUGUGGGUUUGAAAUGACAUGAGGGUGAUUAAAUAAUGACAGAAUUUCAAUUUUGGCAUGAGCUGCCCUUUUAUUGGCCGAUGGCGAUACAGAAACCAGAUGCUCCAAUAGUCGAUAUACUGCUAUUGUACAUAAAAUAAUUUUAUUAUUACAAAUAAGACUGAAUAUGCUGAACACAUUUUUUUUACAUAAUAUUUCCUCAAUCAGUUUUAAAAACAUAUGUGCAUUAACCAUCAACAAGGUUGUCAGUAGACUUUGGGACUGACAUGGAUGACUACUAUUAAUUGUCCGAUAAGCUAAAAAUGGCCAAAUAUUUACCAAUUAAUCAACCUGUCCGAUAAAUCGGUCUAUCAAUAAAGAAAAAAGAGUCAGUGGUUGCUGGUCACAGAUGUAUACAGCCAGCUUCUCUUGGAAAAGUCCCAAAAAAACAUAAUUUUAGAUAUUUCAUCUUCUAUCACAAGUAGAGCUGCUGGCAAGACAGAAUGAGGAUGGUAGACCGCAUUGCAAUGAUUAAAACCUGUCAGCUCCAUCUCUGUCUUGGCCAGACUCUUUUGAAAGUCAGUUUGAGAGUGCUGUGUGUGCGGUCAGGGGAGCUGAUUCUUCUGACCUGGCAGUUAAUAAAAUUCUUCCUGUGCCUUUGUCAGUUUCUGAGGAUGAUUUUGUGGAGUGCAGGAGGGUGCUGCAUUAACCAGCGGCGAGCGCUCACUCUCCCAGCAGCAUUCUGGCAGGCCUGACAGUAAUCUACAUAAACCUCUGUCCUUCUCCAAACGCUUGCCAGUAAUUGCAGUUUUGCAGUAUUCUAAUUGACUCCAUAGAGCACUGUAAAGAACAAAAACCUUUAAUCCUUCCCGAAGCUCAUUUGCUUUACAGCUAUUGUGUAAAGCCUUCGAAAGAUAUGAAACCGAUGACAAGUUAACCAGUUGCCGUGAAUGUACUUAGCCUGUAGAAACAUUCAUUGGCAAAAUAUUUGUCUGGAUAAUAAAGUAGCUGCCAAAAAGAGAAUGAGUGAAUUCUAAAGCUUUUCUCCGUCAAGUGUUUGUCAACCCCCUCGCUCAUUAUUUUCACUGAGCUGGAAAAUAAUUUAGCCAAGCACUGAUGCAGUGGUUUUGAUAAUGCUAUGGUCUUAACAGAGCCUUCUUUUGCUGAACUCAGUGUGAAACUGCUGAUUGUCUCAUCAGGAGACGCAUUUGUGUGAAAAGCAAGGGAUUUAGGAAGAUAGUCUAGGGUUUUGAGAAAACAGUGGGAUCACUUUCAACAACACCAUUCACUGUUAUUCACCGUUAUGUCUCAUUAGAUGUAUGUUGGCCUGGUAAUUUGUUGUUAGCUGUUUUGAUUGGCAUGGGCUUUUUGUGUUGGCAUCUUUCAUAUCUUAAUCAGUUAUUUUGUAAAGUGAAAUAAGUCAAUCAGUGACAGCACCCGUCUGCUAUCAAGUAAUUAAGCACAGAGGACACCUGCCAGAAAGAUUCAGAUCUCUAAUGGUUUCUAAAUAUAUUUGGUGAGAAGCAGGCCCACUUUGGUUACUUUUGUAUAUAUAUGUUUAUUUGAUUUUAGUACCUUUUUUUGGUUCAAUUUGGUGACAAAGUAGAAUGGACAUUGUAACCACAUUGGGAUGGCUGUAUUUUUAUUUCUCUUUCUUUUAUUUCUCAUGAAGCUGAAAUUUCUGUGAUGAGAAAUUUGGUCAUCUUUUCUUACAUGUGAAUGGAGAUACUUUAGCCACCAGGAAUAUAGUUGUAUACUUUAGGCUCUAGAUCACUGGAAUGACAUAUAUGGCUUUAAGUGGCAUUGAUAUAUAUUGAUAUUUGUCAACAAAAAAAAAGGAUCACAUACUUUAAUUACGUUAAAGCUUACAUUGUGUAUAGCACGUAUGCAAGUUAAUUUUCAUCAUGUUUGAUGUAAUUUUGUAGCAGUGGUUUGAUACUAAUAAAGUUGGAAGUUGGUGAUGGAA